AUGGACAUUGAUACUACUAUAUCUACAAUCACUGCUAUAUUUGGUGGAUUCAUUUUAUUAUAUGGUGUUUGCUCUCUUGUCAUUAAACAAAAACUAUACAUUUCAGAAGCUUCGGUUGCCAUAUUAUGUGGUAUUUUAUGUGGUCCUGUUGGUUUUAACUUGAUAAACAUUGACGGCUGGAUUUACAAGGAAGAUGUCACACGCCAAUUUACUCGAAUUGUCAUUGCCAUUCAGGUCAUGGCAGCUGGCAUAUCUCUUCCAAAAGCCUACUUGAAGAAAGAAGGCCGUUCGUUAUUGGCCUUGUUGGGCCCUGUCAUGAUCAGCAUGUGGAUUAUCAGUGGUGUAUGCGUGUGGUAUUUUGUUCCUCGGCUCUCUUUUCUUGAGUCGCUUAUGAUUGCUUCUUGCUUUACACCCACUGAUCCUGUCUUGGCCAACUCUAUCGUACAAGGUCAUUUUGCUGAACAAUAUGUACCACCUAAUAUUCGGCACUUGAUUAUCGCUGAAAGUGGAGCAAACGAUGGAUUAGGUUAUCCUUUCUUAUUCUUGGCUAUGUAUCUUAUUCAAAUGUCAAGUAUCAAAGAAGCUUUAUUUCAAUGGUCAUGGUAUGUGAUGGGAUAUGAGAUUGGAUUUUCUAUGGUGAUUGGAUUAGCUGUAGGCAUGGCUGCUAGAAAGUUGCUUAAAUUUUCAGAGAAAAGAAAAUGGAUAGAUAAAGAAUCUUUUCUAGUCUAUGCGAUUGCACUUGCUCUUUUUUUGAUGGGAUCCGUUGGUUUAUUAGGCAGUGAUGAUUUACUUGCCUGUUUUAUUGCAGGCAAUGCUUUCACUUGGGACAGUUGGUUUACAGAACAAACAGAAGACUCUCAUUUGAUAGAAGUCAUUGAUAUGUUACUCAACUUGAGUGUUUUUGUUUAUAUUGGCAUGACAAUGCCUUGGUCUUUAUUUGAUUAUCAUCAAGAGAUUCAAUUGUCGCUAUGGUCUUUUAUAGGAUUAGCUACUACUGUCUUACUCUUCAGAAGAUUGCCUGUUAUUCUAGCUACUUUCAAAUACAUUCCAGCCAUUCAUGAUUGGCGUCAAGCCAUGUUUGUAGGUUGGUUUGGACCUAUGGGUGUAGGAGCCUUGUUUUAUUAUACGAUUGCUAUUCAGUAUAUCAACUCACAAGACAUCACAAGUUAUGCUGGCAAAGUGAUAGAGCCUGUUACUUAUUUUAUGAUAUUAUCUUCUGUUGUUGUUCAUGGCAUUACAAUUCCUUUUUAUUUCUUGAGUAGUUAUGCUUCAAGGACAUUAUCGAGAAUCAAUUCAAAUGAAGCUGAUAAAGUAAGUCGUAUAUACUCCUUUUUUUCACUUAUCAUGUUCUAUAGCCAGUAUUAG